AUGCGUUACUCUGCUACUUCCUUUGCGCUUGCCGCAUUCUUCACCACUGUCCACUCCCACGCUGCCAUCCUGGCGGCCGUUGGCGACAAGGGAACGAGUCAAGGCUUCUUGGUUGAUCCUGACCUCGCCCGCAACUGCACCACCAUCUCUCCCUGCCAGCAAGAUGCCACCAUCAUCCGUAACUCUGAGAUCAAGCAGAACAUUGUCAACGCCUGCGGCAGGACCGAGAUUGCCGGAAACAUCGACAUUGGCGAGCAGACUGAGAACGAGCUCGCUGCCGGCCGCAUGGCCCAAGUCUCUGCCGGCUCCAUGAUUGCAGUCACCAUCCACCAGGUCAACGCCGAUGGCGCUGGACCGUUCGAGUGCGACAUGGACGAGACCAGCAACGCUAAGACGGACUUCACGCCCCUGAAGGUCUCCAACAACGUGCCCGGUGCCCUCGGUCUCUCCCAAGCCAAGGAGAAGGACUUCACCAUCAACGUCCAGAUGCCCGAGAAGUUCAACUGCCUCGGCGCCUCCACGGGUGACAUCUGCACUAUCCGCUGCCGCAACAACGCCAUCGCCGGUCCCUUUGGUGGAUGCUUCGCCGUCCAGCAGACUGACGGAACUGGCCGUACUAACAAGAGCGCCGCUGCUGUCGACACUGCUCAGACACUCGAGGGUAUCUCGGCACAGAUUCUGCAGAAUCAAAAGGAUCUUCCUGCUGCUAUUGCUGCGAACCAGGCUGCUGGUGCUGCUGGUGGUAACGAGGGUGCCAGUGCCAUUUCCGCUCUUGUUCCUGCUGCUACUGCUCCUGCUGGAAACAACAACAAUGGCAACAACGGCAACAACAAUGGAAAGGGGAACGGCAACAACAACGGCAAGCAGAACGGUGGCAAUGGAAACCAGAAUGGGGCUCAGGGUGGUAACCAGGCUGGUGCCGGUGCUCAAGCUGGUAACCAAGCCGGUACAGGAAACGGUGCUCAAGCUGGUGCUGGUGCCGGUGCCGGUGCUCAACAAGGAAACAACCAGGGUGGCGCCAACCAGGGCAACCAGGGCGGAAACAACCAAGGCCAAAACCAAGGCCAAUUCCAGCAAGGACAAAAGGGCAAAGGAGCCAACAAGCUCCGUCGCUUCAGCCUCAACUUCUUGGGUUAA